UUCCUGUUGUCUUGCUUCAGAUUCUCUUUUAUUAUUUAAUGGCACGGGAGACGGAAACAACACUUGUAACAAAGAGCCACCUUCAGGUUGCUGCUUUCGCCCACCUAACUCCACAGAUCUCACGCACAACACUUGUGGUGCUCACUUGCUUCCUCAAGGCUGCUCAGUCUCUGCCUCCUCUUCACGUAAACUGCAGAGUUUCUGAAAAGAACUGGGGUGCGGAUAAAAAUUAAAGAUCUUUGCUGUGAUUUUUGAAUGAGACUUUGACCCUGCAAGGGAGUUUCCUCUUCUGCUUCUGUUUCUGAUGAGCACAACCCGAUCCAGUCGACAUCAAGAGAACCAACUACCGGAAGAAGAAGAAUGGAGGAGAUGAGAACUCCUCUGUUUUCGUGCUGUUCUGCUAUGGAAGUCUAGUAUGGUGAUGGAAAUAAUCGUCUCUGUGGUGUUGCUGUUUGUGGGCAUCGCGGUCUUGGUGGUGAUACAUGUGUGCAUAGUAGGGAGAGCAUUCCGGGAAGGAGGAUUCAGGGGAGGUCUGGUGCAGAGAAAUGGCAACUCCACGACCGUGAAAUUGUCAACCGAGGACUUAAAGAAGCUUCCUUGCUUCGAGUACGGUUCCGAGGAGAAGGCUUUCAGCAGGGACGUGGACUGUGCGGUGUGCUUGGAGAAUUUCAAAGCGGGCGAGAAGUGCAGGCUAUUGCCUAACUGCAAGCACUGCUUCCAUGCUCAAUGUAUAGAUUCAUGGUUGUUGAAGACGCCCAUUUGUCCCAUUUGUAGGACCGGCAUAGCUCCUCCAGAAAGCAGCGCCGGUUUGAUAGAGGAUGGUCGAAUAGAGCAGAAUGCUCUCGUCGAACUCACAUAGAAUGCCGAGAGCUCGACCAUCCGAGAUUCCUGGUUUGAACUUCGAAAGCCACAAACAAAGCCAUAGUGUUUUCAGGGAUCUCAUUGUGAUCAGGGUUUCAAUUUUUCAUGGCUGUGCCCUAAGACAGGUACAUGAUCGCCGUAGUAGAUACUCUUUGGCUCGUCUAUUUUCUUCUCUGUGACAAGUACCACGGUCGAUGGCAUUUACCAAACAUUUGCCAAACGCAGUGUUUGUCUUAUUUUUAUAAGAAUCUUCAUGUUAGUGA